AUGGUCGACAGAGCACACAAACCCUCAGCCCUCUCACCCAGUACUACUGGCCCCCAACCUACCGUCCACUCAGAUGGCAAGAAGGUGACGGCUAGCUUGCCCAGCGGCGAUUCAGUUGAGGUCAUGCUGUACGGCGCUACAGUCAUCUCGUGGAAAAGCAAUGGAAAGGAGAACCUCUGGUUAAGCUCCGCCGCCAAUAUGGAAGGCAAGAAGGCCAUCAGAGGUGGUGUUCCUGUUGUAUUCCCUAACUUCGGUCCUGCCCCCAAGAACCACGCUACUUCGGCCCUUCCUCAACACGGCUUCGCACGCAUCUCUCCUUGGGAAUACCUUGGCACCACCUCGUCAGAAUCCGGCAACCAGGGCAAGGGCAGCGACGACUCAAUUCGCCUCGACUUUGGCUUGACGCCCAACAACCUCAGCGAUGAAAUGAGAAAGGCCUGGCCCUACGACUUCAGCCUGCAAUACAGCGUCACUCUGUCCAAGGACGGCCUGCAGACCAUGCUGAACGUCCGCAACCAGGGCGACAAGCCUUUCGACUUCCAGACCCUCUUCCACACCUACUUUGCCAUUCCUGACAUCUCCAAGGUCAAGGUCACCGGCCUGGCGGGCGUCAGAUACAUCGACAAGAUCCUCAACGCAACCGAGCACGACUCCAAGGGCAACGAGCUCCGUUUCGAAGGCACCGUCGACCGCGUCUACAAGUCCUUCAGCCAAGACACAACCUCAAUCCUUGUUGACGACAAGCCUCGCCUGGAUGUCAUCAGAGACAACAUGCAAGACACCGUCAUCUGGAACCCCUGGAAGGAGGGUGCCGAAGCCAUUGCCGACUUCGAGCCCAAGGAUGGCUACAAGAACAUGGUCUGUGUUGAGGCUGGUGCAGUCAAUGGCUGGAUCACCCUUGAAGCUCAGGACGGCUUUGAAGCCGGUCAGGCGCUUAAGAGCCACCUGUAA